AUGACCAUACCACAACCCCAGCCUCCCUUUGGUCCAAUAAAUGAUGGCUGGCCACAUAUACAUAAAAAGCUAGCUCUACCAGGUUCUAUUAAAGUCCCAGUGGCUGCGCCUAAGUCUGAAAACGCGGUCCUUGAUACCUUUCAAAUUCCCAAUCCCACGCCCCGAGUUCUCACGGCACUCCCGUUACGACCUGCAGCAGGAUCACAUAAAGCAAAAAUAUCCGUAUCGGAACGCACGAUAUGGCGGAGCGGACAGUACCUCAAAUUGCCGGAAAAUAUUCAAGCCAUCAAUGAGUCUCGUCGAGUCGUGGGCCAGAAGCAGUUCGAAGAGCGCAAGCGACAGCUCCCUUUCGUUUCAUCGGACCGCCAGCUUCCUUCACCACGGGCUUCUCCGCCCAGAAAUGGCAUUAUAACAGUCGAUAAACUGAGUCUCCAGAUUGAGAAUAUCUUCCAAACGCUGAAUGUGCCGGAAAUGGAUAGGAUGACAACAAACUAUGACUUACAGACUGAUAUUGUGGCUUGGGUCACCAGGCUUGGGGAUCUGUCGGAACAGUUACAUAUCUCACCUCCGGUUCUUGACAAGCAAGAGAGGAGCACGAUGAUAGGGGAGUUAUCCAAACUACUUGUUACUUUGAAUCGUCUUAUUGAAGACAGUCAGAGUCGGAACCGACGAGUCUUCUACGACGCCAGUGAAACUCGAAUUGAUCAUGUCUUCACACAACUGAGAAGUGUGUCGACCUUUUGUGAGAAGGAGAUUGAAGAAUUCGAGGAUGAAAGGGAAGACUGGAAGGAUAAUGAAUGA